AUGUCUAUCAUCCAGCAGGUGUCGGAUUCGUCGUUCAGCGAUGCCUGGCGCACGAUCAACAUCGAUGCCCUCGAGGAGGACAGCCCAUACAACUUUGACACGUCCAUCAUGCGGCCGCCCGUGGCCGAGAUCAGCGAGGCCGAGGUGCGUCAGCUGUCCAGCCAGGUGCGACAGCUGCUGCGUGCGGGCGACAACGACGGCGCCCUGCGCGGCUGUUUGGAGAUGCCGGUCUAUGCCGGCUCCGACGCGGCCAAGGAGGCGGCGAUGCAGACGGUUGUCGAGGUGCUGCAGUCGAUCAAGGCGAGCGAGAUGAACCCGCUGUUGUCGCGGCUGUACGCGUCGGAGAACGGCAGCGAGCUGCUGGAUGUGCUGAUGAAGUACCUAUACAAGGGCAUGGCCUCUUCGGCGGCACCGGCUAGCAGCGGACCGCGCACUCCGACUCGCGGUAUCACGCCGCAGCAGACGGGCUUCAGCCAGAUGAGCGGACGACCGGGUGGUAUGAACGAUAACUCGGCCGGUGGCAUGAGCGUGUUGCUCAGCUGGCACGAAAAGGUGGUGGAGGUGGCCGGGGUCGGAAGCAUACAGCGCACGAUGACCGACUGGCGGAGGGUGUGA